AUGACACACCCGCUGCAAGGACUCUCCAUACAGGAAACGCAACAAGCUAAAGACAUCAUCGUUGCUCAGCACAAGAAUGAGCUAGUCAUCGUCCGUGAAAUAUGGCUUCAAGAACCACCCAAGCAGAUUCUAAAGAAGUACCUCGAGCUUGAGCACUCUGGAUCUCUGACAGCUUCCUACCCAAGWCCUGCUCGCUGCGCAGCUGUCCAAUACGAUGUCGUCGGCUCAGACAAGAUACCAUACUUCCACGAGGCUGUUGUCGAUGUAGAGCAAAAGAACGUCAUCAAGCACGAGAUCAUCAGCAAGGAGCAACAUGCACCAUUGAAGCUCGCUGAAUUUGAUGAUUUGGUCGAGACCGUCAAAGAAAGCGAGGAGUUCCAAAAGGCCAUAUCCGAGUUUGAAAUUCCGGAAGGCUAUGAAAUCGUUAUCGAGCCCUGGCCGUACGGCGGCCCCGACGAUGAUGAUCUUGAGAACAACCGGACAUUCCAAGGUCUUAUAUUCGCCCAGGAUAUCAGGAAUAAGAACCCGGAUUCGAACUUCUACGCCUUCCCGCUGCCACUCAUUCCUGUCAUGGAUGCCAAUACACGAAAGCUCAUUCGUAUAGACAAGCUGGCUACUGGCGGUAAGGGCGACAGUAUGGAUGGAGUUACACACAAAAAGCAGAUUCUCGGUCACUGCGAGACUGCUGAGUAUGUUCCGGAGCUACUACCGAAUGGCGUCAGGACAGACCUUAAACCGCUCAAUGUUGUUCAGCCUGAUGGAGCAUCAUUUACAGUCACCGAUGAGUCUCUAGUCGAGUGGCAGAAAUGGAGGUUCCGGGUCACUUUCAACCCCCGAGAGGGUGCAGUCAUCCAUGACGUUUAUUACGAAGACCGCAGCAUGUUUUACCGCCUCGCUAUCAGUGAGAUGUCUGUGCCAUACGCGGAUGCUCGAGCUCCAUUCCACCGGAAACAGGCCUUUGAUUUCGGCGACGGCGGUGCUGGUAAUUGCGCGAACAACUUAUCUCUAGGCUGUGAUUGUCUGGGGACCAUCAAGUAUUUCGAUGGAGUCCAGAUUUCUGGCAAUAGUGAGGUCAAGGCUAUGCCAAAUGUUAUAUGUCUUCACGAACAGGACAACGGAAUCGGUUGGAAGCACACCAACUGGCGUACUGGCCGCGCCGUGGUUACCCGGAACAGAGAGCUUGUCGUCCAAUUCAUCAUCACCUUGGCUAACUACGAAUACAUCUUUGCGUACAAGUUCAACCAAAGCGGUGGCAUCGACAUCGAGACGCGUGCGACUGGAAUUGUUAGCUGCGUCAACAUUGAUCCCGGGAAAACAAGCGAUUAUGGCAAUGUAGUUAACCCCGGUGUGCUCGCACAAAAUCACCAGCACAUCUUCGCAGUUCGAAUCGAUCCCGCCAUCGACGGUCACGCCAAUACUGUUAUCCAGGAGGAAUCACUGCCUGUCCCCAUGAACCCAGAAACAAACCCUCGUGGCAACUACUACGAAGUUCGACGUACCCCGAUCACGAAAGCUGCAUGGGCAGAUGCGGAGCCCAAGAAUAACCGCGUCUUCAAGAUUGUCAACGAGUCGAAGAAGAACCGCAUCAGCGGAAAGCCGGUUGGUUUCAAGCUGAUUCCGCCUGCGACACAGCUCCUACUCGCGGAUCCAGAAUCCAUCCAGGCGAAGCGAGCAGCAUUUGCACAACACCACGUCUGGGUCACCAAAUACAAAGAGGACGAGCUUUACGCAGCUGGUCGCUACACCAUGCAGAGCCGCAAAGAGAUUGGCGGUGUCGCUGAUGCUGUGGAGCGCGGUGACAAUGUUGAGAAUGAAGAUAUUGUUGUGUGGUCGGUAUUUGGACUCACACAUAACCCUCGAGUUGAAGAUUGGCCGGUCAUGCCUGUUGAGAUCCACCAGGUCAACCUCAGACCUGCGGAUUUCUUCGAGGCUAAUCCUUCUAUUGAUGUGCCCAGCAACAGGAAUUUGGAGAGCAAGUUGGUGGUGAAUGGGACAAAUGGUCACAGCAAUGGUGUGAAUGGUCAUGCAAAUGGCUGUUGCAAGUAG